AUAAUGUUUAUUAUUGUGUAAAUGCUUUUAACUUGUUAGGUAUCUUGUUUUCGAUUGAAUCAGUGUAGCGUUAGGCUUAACAGAGAAAGGUCGUCGUACUUAUGGCUAGUUUGUGCGUGAAAUUAUUACGGAGAGGGGGAAAAACGGGUUUUAGAUGUUUAUCUCAUUAUCCUAUAGACGAACAUGUGUUUGGGCUUUCAAGUGAGCAACGACAGUUGCGGCAAAUGGUAUUUGAUUUCGCACAAAAGGAAUUGGCACCGAAAGCUGCAGAAAUAGAUAAAGAGAAUAAUUUCAAAGAACUGAGAGAUUUCUGGAAGAAACUUGGGGAAUUAGGACUUUUAGGAAUUACAGCAAGUCCAGACUAUGGAGGAACGGGUGGAAAAUACUCAGACCAUUGUGUUAUUAUGGAAGAAAUUUCAAGGGCUAGCGGCGGCAUUGCUCUAUCCUACGGCGCUCACUCAAACUUAUGUAUCAAUCAGAUCAAUAGGAAUGGCACACAUGAGCAGAAGACCAAAUACUUGCCUAAACUAUGUUCCGGCGAACACAUGGGUGCGUUGGCCAUGUCAGAGCCUGGUGCCGGCAGUGAUGUGGUGUCUAUGAAACUAAGAGCAGAGAAAAAGGGAGACUAUUUCGUUCUCAAUGGAAACAAAUUCUGGAUUACUAAUGGCCCCGACGCUGAUGUUUUAGUGGUUUAUGCCAAAACAGAUUUAACUAGUAAACCUCAACAUGGUAUAACAGCAUUCCUCAUCGAGAAGGACUUUCCGGGCUUUUCAACAGCGCAAAAGUUGGAUAAAUUGGGCAUGAGGGGAUCAAACACUUGCGAAUUGGUCUUCGAAGACUGUAAGGUGCCAGCAGAAAAUAUCCUGGGAGAAAUAAACAAGGGGGUGUACGUACUGAUGUCAGGACUGGACCUAGAAAGGCUGGUGCUGGCGUCAGGGCCUGUUGGCUUGAUGCAAGCCGCUGUGGACAUCGCUUUCGAAUAUGCUCAUACUAGGAAACAAUUUGGGAAGAAUAUUGGGGAAUUCCAACUUAUACAGGGUAAAAUGGCGGACAUGUAUACAACCCUCAGCGCCUGUCGUAGCUAUCUUUACAAUGUCGCGAAGGCGUGUGAUGAUGGCCACGUCAACAGCAAGGACUGUGCCGGUGUCAUACUAUAUUGUGCUGAGAAGGCUACCCAGGUGGCUUUGGAUGCUAUACAGAUCUUAGGAGGUAAUGGCUUCAUCAAUGACUAUCCCACAGGAAGGAUACUGCGUGAUGCUAAACUCUAUGAAAUAGGAGCUGGCACUUCUGAAGUUAGGAGAAUGCUGAUUGGUAGAUCACUCAAUACCGAAUACAAAUGAUGUUAAUGUUAAAUUCAGAAGAAGGUACACCAAACUUGAGACAGGAGCUGAAGAACUAGAAAAAAGUAAUAAAAAAUUUACUGUAUUUUAUAGUUGACACAAGAUCAUAAUCAACUAAAAUACUUUAAAUAAAAUAUUUUUAGUUCUGUAAAUAAAAAAAUAAAUUUUAUUACCAA